AUGACUCCAACACCAUCCACCACCUCGUCGAGCUUGAGCGCGCAUUCCCCCGAAGGACCAUUCCGAGUAGUCAGGAAACGGAACCGUGUACCGGUCUCAUGCGCACCAUGCAGAAGUCGGAAGCUGAAGUGCAACCGCGGAAUGCCAUGCGAGAACUGCGUGAAGCGCAACGAUGCUUCCUCGUGUACGUACGCCCAACCGAAGUUCCGGAAGAAGACUGCCGGCAUCCAGGAGUUACCCGCGACUCCGGAUGGCAUGCAGAGUCGCAUCGAUCGACUGGAGUCGCUUGUGUUGACGCUCAUGUCCAAUGGCGUUCAAUCUGUCGGACAAGCUGUGGCACAAACACAAGCAGCGUUUUCAGGGGCAAGUACCAGCUCUGCAUCGCGGCAGGAUACACAGGAACUAGCUCUUAGAGACGAAAUGUAUGAUGAAGAAGAGAGCGAUACGGAACAAGUUACUAAAUCAUUUGGGGUGAUGAAGAUCGAUUCCAAAACGCAAAAGUCGUACUAUGUCAGCGAGGCGCAUUGGACGAUGGUUCUCAACGAUAUAUCGGAAGUCAAACAGUAUUUCAUAACACAUAAGCAGCAAUAUGAGGAGCACGUGGAGAAAAUUCAGGCAACGAAUAACGAACAACAACAUUUCGCCUUCACCCCUUUGCUUUUUGGGGCCAUGAAGACCCCUUCUGAGAAAGAAGUUUUGUCCAACUUCCCUUCGAAAUAUACUACUGAUAUAAUACUGGAUCGCUACUUCAAUCACCAUGAACCAUUUACUCAUAUUCAUCAUUUUCCAAGUUUCGAUAGAGAGUACAAACGUCAUUGGGAAGAUCCGUCGAAAAGCAGCAUUGUUUGGAUUGCCAUGGUCUAUGCGAUGUUACGGCUUGCAUGUCUAACAUAUCAUGACGAAUCAGAGGUGCCGCCAGAAUUCCGAGGGAAGACCCUGCAAAUGGCCUCGACGUACCGGGAAUCCAUGGCUCAGUGCCUCACCCUCGCCGACUAUACAAAACCGCAUCGCUACUUGAUCGAAACGCUGGUUCUCUACUUACACGCUGAUUAUGCGCAGGUAGAAUCAGAAAUGUCGGUAUGGGUUUUGAUAGGGGUCAUUGCUCGCCUGGCGAUGCAGAUGGGUUAUCACCGCGAUCCAAAAAUGUUUCCAAAUAUUUCUCCUUUUCAGGGUGAGAUGCGAAGGCGGGUGUGGGCGUUUAUCCGACAGGCUGAUCUGCUGCUAUCGUUUCAAGUCGGCCUACCGUCCAUGAUACGUACAGGAGAUUGUGAUACAGAGCUUCCACGAAAUUUGUAUGAUACCGAUUUCGACGAAGAUACGGUCAAGCUUAUGCCCGAAAGACCCAUAGAUGAAGCUACGCAGAUCUCGUUUCUCAUCAUCAAGGCGAAGCUUGCGCUUGCGUUUGGACGGGUAUUGGAAACCACACAGAAGGUUACUGGAUCGUCGUAUGAAGUGGUCAUGGACGUGGAUCAUCAACUUCGCCAGACGCGGGAUUCGAUUCCCGAACGGAUGAGUUUUAAACCCAUCGUGGAGUGUAAUGAGUCCUUAAAUGUUGUCAGGUCAAGAUUUAUGAUUGUAAGUAUUUACCAUAGAGCGCAAUGCGUGCUCCAUCGAAGAUUCCUCCACCGCGGCCGCGAAAACCCGCGCUAUACGUACUCCCGUCGCACCUGCAUCGAGAGCGCGAUGGAACUGCUCCGAUUCCAAAACAUUCUCCAAGCAGCAUUUAAAACCAACCCUAGCAUCAAGGCCAACAUGGGCUACAUGGCCGCCUCCAGCACCCAAGAUUUUCUGAUGUCUUCUACAAUAUUAGCACUCGAUAUAUACCAACUCAUGCAAGAAAACUCCUCCGGCCGCAGCCCCACCGACACCUUUGUGCUAGGAGUAGAUCGAUAUCAAGAAGAGCUUGCGAUGUUGCGCAGGUCCAGGGAUAUGUGGAAUGAACUCAAAGAUCAAUCUGCGGACGCGUGGAGAGCUAUUGCUAUCAUUGAUGUGCUGCUGGGGAAGUUAUUUCCGGACCAGUCACAGCAGGAUCAGGAUGGCAGCGACGAGGCCGCUCCUGCAGAGCCGCCUGCGGCGCCAACACCAGAAGAGCCUUUCGAACCGCAGGAUGAAAAGCAAAAUGCGGCCAUGACGCUGGGCCUGCUGAGCACUGGGUUGAACCAAAUGGGCUCGACGGUUCCUCCGCAGUUUGGUGACACCGAUCAUAUGAAGUUGGAGUCUUCUGGGUAUGGCCGUGGUAUCAAUCAAGGAGGAAUUAUUGACUCGAUGCAAUUACCAACGCCCGGCGGGAUUGGCCUAGGAACGGGAACAUUUGGACAAAUGCCGACAAUGCAGCCAUUCAAUUUGGAUUGGGAUGCAUGGGAUAACUACAUUCAAACGACCGCAACAGACCCGAACAACCAGAAUUGGCCUAUGUUUGAUAUUCAAGGCUUCUCCACUGGGCCUUUACAGCCAUCCCCGACUCCACCACCUCCACCAACACUCUCACAACAAAGUCAACAACGAGCCCAUCAAAAUCAGCCACAUUCGUCGCAGCAACAGACACAGGAACAACAGACUUGCUCCGAAACAACAGGUGGCAAAAGAGUAUAUUCCAUGCAACAGAACGUUUUCGAUUCCGCAGGUGGUGGCUAG